AUGGUUACCACCAUGGAUCAUCCAGCGCUCAUUGAAGUCACAAACCGAUUUGGAAAAAAGAAAACUAAACCCAUAGAAGUGAACAGAUAUAACAAAUCCAUGUCCGGUGUUGAUCGCUUGGAUCAGAUGAUAAGUUAUUAUUCAUCACCAAGAAAAACUAUAAGGUGGUAUAAAAAGGUCCUAUUUCAUAUUAUGGACACCACAGUUUGGAAUUCCUUUUACAUUUAUAAAAAUUUUGUGAAAAAAGAUAAGAAGUAUGAGUAUGUGACAUACAGAGAAGAGUUAAUCAGGAAAUUGAUCGGCCUGAAAGAAGAAAAAGGAAAAGAUUUAAUUCGAAAUUCCAACAAGAAUGACAGCAGGCGGAAUGUGCUUCAAACUGAAUCACAGCUUCAUGAAAAUAUUGAACGCAGUAAGGUAGAAACGCAGGACAACUUUUCUCAGCCAAAUUCAAGAAACCAUGGACAUUGGCCGACUCGCAUGAUGCCAUCUGCAAAUUCUAAGAAGAAGUACGCAUUUUUGACAUGUAAGCAAUGUUCGAAACAAAAGGUACGACGUGACACAAGUUACUUCUGUAAAGGUUGCAAUAAUUUUUCAGCACUUUGUCCUUCAUGUUUCGAAGAUUGGCAUAAAGAUUUGUAA